AUGCCCGCGCCGCUGUGCCGCCUGCUCGGCGGCGGCCGGCUGCCCACGGGCCGUGGGCCCACGGGCGCGCCCGCGGGCCGGCCCGCGCUGCUGCUGGGCGCGGCCGCGCUCGCGUCUGCCGCGGCGGCGGCGCUGAGCCUGGCGGUGAGGCGGCGGCGCGCCCAGGGCCAGGGCCCGCAGGGCGGCGGCGGCCCCGGCACCGCGGUCGGCGGCGAGGGCGUGUCCAGGUCGGUGGUCUGCGGGGACGCCCUGGAGUGGCUGCGGGCCCAGGCCGAGCUGCCCGGGUCCGUGGUGACGAGCCUGCCGGACGUCACGGAGCUGUCCUACCUGAAGAUGUCCGUGGAGGAGUAUCGCGUCUGGUUCGUCGCGGCGGCCCGGGAGAUCCUCCGCCGGGCCCCGCCCCUCGGCGUGGUGGUGUUCUACCAGACGGACUUCCGCCUGGGGGGCGUGUGGGUUGACAAGAGCUUCCUGUGCUCGCUGGCCGCGCAGGAGGAGGGCGCCUCCCUGCUCUUCCACAAGGGCGGAGGAGAGACAUCGGCGCGAGCACGAACUCUCGGAGGUCCGCGCGGAUUUCUUCAGGGGAACGAGCCAUGA